UGCUUCACUAUAUUUUGACAGCUUUCUCCAGCGAGGAGGCAUCUCGCUCAGGAGCGCUUUCACUUUCUCUUGAGUUUCCGCGCACACUCGCUGUGAGCCUGGGGUUGUCUCACUCCAAACCUUUUAACCAGAAGCCCCUGCAGCACGGCACCAUGAGCAAAAAGAAAAAGGAGUGGAGAACGGAGAAAGAUCGCUUGCUCAGUCUUGGACCGGAGGAAAGACGUAAAGAGUACGGGGACAACUAUGUGGCUCUGGAGAAGAUUCCCACCUGGAGGCAUCACCACAGUAGAGAGUCAGAUGAAGAGGAGGAAAACCCGGUCUCAUUGUGUGACAAAGUCUCUCUGUACAAGGGUGACAUCACCAUCCUGGAAGUGGACGCCAUCGUGAAUGCAGCAAACUCCAGUCUCCUCGGUGGUGGCGGAGUGGAUGGCUGCAUACACAGAGCAGCGGGACAUUACCUGUAUGAAGAGUGCCACUCACUAAAUGGCUGCGAGACGGGCAAAGCCAAGAUCACCUGCGGCUACGACCUUCCUGCCAAGUAUGUGAUCCACACUGUUGGCCCCAUUGCUAGAGGAAACGUGGGCUUGGUCCAAAAAGCAGAUCUUGCAUCCUGCUACAAGAGCUCCCUAAAGCUGGUGAAGGACUAUAGUUUGCGCUCUGUGGCCUUUCCGUGCAUAUCGACAGGAAUUUACGGUUUUCCCAAUGAGCCGGCUGCCGACAUCGCCCUGAACACCGUGAGGGACUGGCUGGAGGAGAACCGGGACAAGAUCGACCGCAUCAUAUUUUGUGUCUUCUUGGAAAACGACUAUGGGAUUUACAACAGGAAGAUGUCGGAUUACUUCCCUCCAGAUAACGAAGAAUGUGAGGAGGGGAACGUGGCCCACACGGAGGACGAUGCUAAUAAAAAUGAUGCUGCUGAUGUUCAGAUGGACAGCCAGGUAGAUCAAGAUGUUGAGAUGAUGAGCCAGGGAGAUGCGGAUGUGGACGUGGACCAUCCUGACCCACCAAGCGAGCAACCAGAAACUUGCACUUCAGCCGCUGAAAAUCCUGCAAAGGAAAUAACUACAGAAGGAAGUGACCCCGUGGAGGAUGAGAAGUCAGCAGGAGAAAGCAAACCCAAGCAAGAGAAAGAGAAGCAUGAGGAAAAGAAUGGCGAUUCAGAGGAAGGCACUGGUAGUGCUGGGGCCGAGAAGGAGAACAGUGCUGGAGAGAAGACUGAGAAUGCUCCUGCUGAUGCAAAACAAGAAGAUGAGGAAGACCAAGUAACAAGCAUGAACAGCAAAGAAGCAGACAGUCAAGGAUUAAUGGAGACCAUGGAGGUAGAGGGUGCUGAAAAUGAGGAGAACACCACGACUACACACACUAGCAAGUCUGAAGGUGAAGUGAUGCAUCAGGAUAAAAGCCCUGCAGAAACAAACCAAGCAACUCAAACAGACAGCAGUCAGUCCAAAGAUGGUCCCAGUGAUAAGGGUGAGCCGAGUAAGGAGUGAGAAGACAAUCAGCCUCGUAGGUACACGCACCGGCAAACUGUGCGAAGGUGAACAUGACACCACACAGUGGAGUCUCCUGAAAAAACCCCAGGGAGAGGAUCUGUCCACCACCAUCCUCCUUCUUCUUCCCUUCCUUUCCUUUCUUUUCGGUUCGGAAUUUAAUAAAACAUAUACGAAAUUAGAGAGUCACACGUGAAUAUAUCAAAGAAUCUAGAGGGUUUCGGGGUGAUACUUUACCUCACUGAAUUGCUGCUUGAUCAUUUCCAUUCUCCGGGUUUCCUGGUGCUGGAUCUGAACAGGUAAAAAUAAAUAAAAAAAAGAAAAGAAGUGCUCUGGGUUAGAUGGGUUCUUAAUUUACGCUUAUAAAGAAUAUAUUCUCAUUGAUUGAUGCUUUGCACAAGGUCUGCUGUAACACAGCACCUUUACAUCAAUUACAAAUAUGUUUAUUUGAUUUCCUUUAAUACUUAAUGCUAGAAGUGACACAUCAGUAUGAAUGUUCAUGUCUGCAUAUGGCCAUAUGUAUGAAUAUGCAAGCCAAUGAUGAAAUGAAACUUGGCAUUAAUACAGUAAGUGCUUAGUGAAAUGGGGAAAGUAACAGAUGCAUUUGGAUUCCACAUGAAAUUAGUAUAAAUGAAAUAAAACUGAUUAUAUAUAUUAAAUAAAAAAAUAAUUAACUAAAUAGUGUGCAGAAUAAUAUGGAUUUCCUAAUUCUGUAUAUUCUAUAUAUGGACAGUUUAAUUUGAAUGUGAAAAAGGUACUUUGUUGUUUUUUUUACUGGCCCAAGUGAAGUCAAACCAGGGUAGUUUAAACCAAGUAAGAAAACUACACCAUAUGUUUUUGCGAUUAUUUUCUUCUUUAAAAUGACUUUUAACACGUCGUGGGUCCGUACAGUAACGCAUCACUACACAUCAUCUCUCAGAGAGGUUCACGUUUUUUCCUGCAUUGUGCUUCAAAAUCCAUGCCACACUAUAAAAAAAACCUCUCUUUCUUCUCGUUUUACGUCCACGUUUCUUCUAAUCUUGCUCACCGAUGCCAUGUUAACACAUGAAUGUUUCUCAGUUUUUACCCUAAUGCAUGCAAUCGGGUUUCUUUGUGGCUUUUUUAAUUUUAAACAGAGCGCACACUCAAUAUUUUUUACUGAAUUUUGUGGGUUCCAAAAAUAAAACUAAAAAAAAAUCAGCCUUAUUUGACAGGACAGAUAUGACAUGAUCACAAGAACCAUGGCAGUGCUACAUGCAAAUUUGACGCUUGGAAUCAUUGUGAAUAUAUAUAUAUAUAUAUAUAUAUAUAAAAGCUGAUGAGUGAUGUUUCCUCUCUUUUUUCUUCUUGGGUUCAAGGUGAAAAGUCAAAAAUAUAUAUUUCUUUUGUUUUGUUGGAAGUUUUGAUCAGUUUACUUGAAGUGGUGCCAUAAUUAUAUCAGAUGACUUUAUGCCUUCAUAAAUCGAUGUUUGCUUUGCUUUACAACUAUGAAAUAAAGUUUAAAAAGGUUCUUUC